AUGAAAGUAUCAAACCAGCCUCUUGACGUCCUCGUCAUCGGCGCUGGCAUUGCCGGUCUUUCAGCAGCUAUUGCUCUCGGAAAACAAGGACAUCGCGUUCUGAUUCUGGAAAAAUCGGCUUUUUUAAAGGAGACAGGUGCCGCAGUUCAUUUGCCGCCGAAUUGCACUGCCUUGCUACGCUGGAUGGGCAUUGAUCCGGCCGAUUUCGGGGGCACAUUGCUUCAUGAGGAGUGGUACCUCGUGCAUCGAAUUGAGCUGCACAAUCACCUGAAGCAACGUGCCCUUGAGACCGCAACGCUGUAUACACAGUGUAGAAUCACCGAGGUCAAUCUGGAAGGGGCUUGCCCGUCGGUCACUCUCGAUGAUGGUCGCACUUUCAAAGCCGACGUGCUUCUUGGUGCAGAUGGACUGCAUUCCAAAAUUCGCCAGAGUAUCGCCCCAGAGUCUCCCUCCCCAUAUCCCGUUGGCAAGUCAUGCUUUCGCUGGCUGCUCCCCACAGAUCAAUUAAGGCAAUAUGCAAGUACUACGGAUUUUGUGCGGGAUACUGGCGUGUUUCUUGAGUGGGAAUCUAGUGACCGACGGCUCGUGGCCUACCCUUGCUCUGAUGGCAAAAUCCUCAAUCUUUGUGCUUUUGUCCCUUUGAAUGAAGUUCAAGCAGAUGAACAAAGCGACAGUUGGCAGGCAGCUGGAGACAAGACUACAAUUGUCAAGGCCUUUUCUAAAUUUUCACCCGGCGUUCAGCAAAUCAUUGCAAGCGCAGACAAGAACCUCAAAGUUUGGGAUCUGUACGAUAUGGAGGCACUGCCGACCUGGACUCGAGGCCACGCAGCUCUUCUGGGAGACGCAGCACAUCCGUUCCAGCCAUACAUGGGACAGGGAGCAGCUAUGGCAAUUGAAGAUGCUGUCAGCAUUGCCACCUUGCUUCCUUGGGGCACCACACCGCAUGAUAUCCCCAUGCGACUUGAUCUGUAUCAAACGGCUCGUCGGCCAAGGGUCGACCUUGUCCUCCACUAUACCCGGAUGAAUGGACGGGAUGAAAAUGAUGCAGCCGGUGAUAGAAUUUCAGCUGCGGAAAUGGUGAAAAUCAUGAACAUUUGCUUCUCACAUAAUGAGAUUGAGCACUCUACAAACUUGCUGGAUGCGCAUGCCGAUCAGCGGGAAGCAACAGCCUGGGCUGCCAGUACCCCAUCUCUUGUGGCCCCAUUACAGCCCUCGUCACAGUCCCCAGCACAACCCCCAUCAUACACGGACCUUUAUGGACCCCCGCCUCCUAGUCCUAUAAGUCCAGGCUCACUGCCGCGACCAAGGACAGCAGGGCCAACUUCAUCCCCGACUCCGCCGCCCCCGACUCCUGUUCAAAAGGCAUACAGCGAAGCGCGGCAUUUCCUCACCGGUCUAAUCAGUCGUCCAAUAGAAUCAAACAAGCAUGUCACGAUUUUACGACAUUCCCAUGGACUAGUUUUCUACCGUGGACCCACUACAUCGGUCGCUAUAUCAAUCUUCUCUGAUGCCCCCUUACCACCUGAACACACCUUGUGGUUGCAGAGCAAAGGUUGGAGCGGGAAGACCGGGAUGCAAUUCAAGUCGUUUCUCCGUCUCCGGGAUAGCUGGCUAGACGUGACCCCAGGUAUGCCACUGAGGGCCGACCAGGUGACUCCAGAUGAUGAACGAGCUUGGCAACGCGACAUCAAGAAAUUCCGGAAGAAGGCCCCGGCUCGUCCGCGCGAUACACACCAGCUACGUGAGACUGCCGUUGUGCGGAUUCCCGCCGAAGCCGGCGAUGGUUAUUUCCAGCUGGUUCUCUGCCAAGGAGUAAAGAAGAAGGUGCUGGGCAAUAGCCCCGUCUUCCGCGUGCUCUCUACAUCCACCGCUCCCAGCUCUAUCCGUGGUGCGAGCCUUAGCACGCUGCCCCUGGAGGUUGGGGCUAUGGUUGUGAGCCUUUAUGCUCAAACAGCAGCGCGAACCGCGGCAGGUCCAGCUGCCAUGGCCAUCCAAGCCAAAGCUACUGCGAUUCGUCCAUCGUGGGUGAAAACGACUGCGGUCCAGAAGGUUUACACUACUAGUGGCAUCGAAAACCGCGUGGGCGGUAUUAUCAAUGGACCUAAAGGCCCUAUUGGGCGCUCUCAGAUAAAUGUAGCAGCGCCAGAAAUAGCUGGAAGCAGCCCCGUUUCUAUCGAUGUUGGCCCUCAGUCACCAUUCCCUAUGACAUUCAAAGCUCGCUGUCAAACCGAUCAAAUCUCGCUCAACAACCCUGACGAUAUACCGAAGUUGAGCUUGAUUAGAAUGCCCGACUGGGUGACGGAGCAGUUAAGGGGCUACUUCUUCGGCUGGGCUCGGUUCGAUACUGGGCCGAGCAAAGGUUCCUCAACUGGUGAAUGGUGCCCAGCUAUCUUGUCUGUGCGAGCGUUAGAUCCCCUCCAGGCGAUGAGAGUGAACCUAGCUCAAAUAUCGAAACGCGUGGUUGCAAUUCGCCUGCUCGAGGAUGUUCCUCUACAAACAAGCAAAAUCGAGAUUCGGGUUUUGGGAUACCUUCGCGCUGAAAUUCCACCACCCACCGGGGCCACGAGCAAAGAACUUGGUGAGGCGCAAGCAGCAGCUGCAGAAGCAGCUUUGCUCGCCGAUGUAUACGACGCAUCUGUUGUACAGGAUACUCUGGCUCAUCCCGCGUGGGCCGCGGAACACCCUGCGAUCUCAGAACUUCAACAAAACUCGAGUUGGAUUGAUCGCACGGUGGAGGGGUAUACCAAUAUCAUCACCCGUGGACAGAAGUUGGUAGAGCAAGUUCCAUUGCACCUGGUUGGAGUUCGCUCUGUUACCGAUGAACUCAGAGAGAGCCAAGUUGCUGUAAACGGGUUUUAUAUAGUCCGCUAA